GCGUUCUCGCACUACUAUACCUACUCGCUCAAAAACACCUACAGCCAUGGGGAAGGCUAGAGCUCAUCAGCUCCUAGCCUCCCUAGCGGCCAUCUACCUCAUCCUAGCCGUCACCCAGCAUGUCACCGGCAAUCUGACCGAUGACCUGGAGGUAAUGUGGGGCAACGCAAAGUUCGUCACUGACAGCAGCGGCCAACAGGCCAUCGCGCUGGCUCUUGAUCGCUCAACUAGCUCUGCGUUCCGCUCCAAGAAGACAUGCCAGUUUUGCAGGGUGGACAUAGAGAUCAAGCUCGUCCCUGGAAACUCAGCCGGCACCGUCACCACAUUCUAUAUGAUAACCGAGAACCCGUGGCAGUUCCAUGAUGAAAUCGACAUCGAGUUUUUGGGCAACAGCAGUGGCCAGCCUUAUACUAUGCACACUAACAUGUAUGCCAGAGGACAGGGUGGAAGAGAGAAGCAGUACAAGUUUGAUUUCAAUCCCACUCAAGAUUACCACAAGUACACCAUCAUCUGGAACAAAGAUUGGAUCCUAUUUCUUGUGGAUGACAAGCUGUACCGGCAGAUCAAGAACAACCAGAUAUACGGUGCCCCAUACCCAUACUACUACCCAAUGAGGGUGUAUGCCACCAUCUGGAACGCCGAUGACUGGGCUACACAGGGCGGCCGCGUCAAGACUGACUGGGCGCAGGCGCCAUUCACCGCGUACUUCCGGAACUACAGAGCUAUUUCAUGCGACCUAUACCAGGCCUCCCCUCUGUGUCUCCCAGGCUCCGGUUGGUUCGACCAGCAGCUGGAUGUGUCACGGAAACAGCAACUGGCGCAGGUGGAAUCUAGUAACAAGAUAUAUGAUUACUGCAAUGACUCCAAGAGGUACAAAAAUGGGGCCCCUAAGGAGUGCGGGGUAAACUAGCUAGAAGUGGUUCAACUAUAGUAGUAGAAGACAGGAAGGGCGAGAGGAUUGUUGUGUUUCGUGACCCAGUAUCAUUCUUUUAAUAUUGUAAGGGAUUUUCUACGGUACGCCAAACAGAACAUGGACCGUGUCCAUAUAUCUAGAUGACUACUAUUAUAUGUUACCUCUAGAAGGCAAUAGGAUGGCCAAGGACCCGCCCUAACGAACUCCAACAUGUUAAAGAUGGUGGUGCAACACCAUGACAGGAUUCUAGGUAGCUUGUUUCAAUGAUUCAUGCGUUUAGUAGCUACAUAAGAAUAGGCAUAGGAAUUAGUGGUGGGACUUCGAGAGGGAGUUGAGGUGUGAAUUUGAUUUAUUCUCAAUUCUUUGUUUGGUUCAUGGAGGAAAAUAAGAGAGGGAGU